CAUGAGUAGAGUUGUUUUCUUCAUCAUCUUGGGGAAAUGUCUCUUUAAACCUCUGGGAUCAAGUCUAUACCCUGAUCCUAGAACCUAUCACUGUUUAGGUCUAUACCUUGAUCCUAGAACCCAUCUCUGUUUAGGUCUAUACCUUGAUCCUAGAACCUAUCUCUGUUUAGGUCUAUACCUUGAUCCUAGAACCUAUCUCUGAAGAGGUCUAUAUCCUGAUCCCUAAACCUUGAUCUGUAUAGAGGUGUAUGUGUAUACCUUGAUCCUAGAACCAUAUAUCUGUUUUAGGUCUAUAUUAUGAACCUAGAACCUCUCUCUGUUUAGGUCUAUACCUUGAUCCUUGAAUCUAUUUCUGCUUAGGUCUAUACCAUGAUUCUUAAACCUAUCACUGUUAAGGUCUAUACCUUGAUCCUAGAACCUAUUUCUGUUUAGGUCUAUACCCUGAUCCUAGAACCAUGGAACCUGUUUUCCGAACUAGUGGCCGGGUCUUUGAGCGACCAAAGGGGACGAGUGUGAUUCUGGAGUGUGAAGUGGAGAAUCUGGGAGACAAUACCAUAGUCUGGAGGCAGGGGGAGAGAGUUAUAUCCGCAGGAGCUGUCAAGGUGAGGAAGGAUGCUCGAAUGAACCUGGUAGAGACCAACUUCUCACCAAACAAUUUAGAAAUACAAAAUCUCCAGCUUCUAGAUGCAGGGAACUAUACAUGUGAGAUAGAGUGGCAGGGCCAGCCACGUGAUAUAACUCAUUUUCUCAGAGUUCUCCAGCCACCAACUAUAUCCCACCCUCAUCCUGGAGCAAAUAUAUUCGCUAACCAGGGAGAAGAUAUCCGGGUAGCCUGUACAGCAGACGGAGAUCCCAGGCCUGUUAUAAAGUGGAAGAAGCAAGAACGAGGUCUCUUGCAUGAACUUCAUACUCAGAACGAUCCAAGAUAUUUAGCACUGUUUAAGGUUUCCCCCCGUGAUAAAGGAGAAUAUAUGUGUGAAGCAACUAACAGUGUAGAUACUGAUUAUAUAUCUAUAUAUAUACAUAUCAACUAUCUACCUCGAGUUCAACCUCUCCAGUCUAGGAUAUACUCAGGAGUUGGAGCUAAGGUUGAAUUUGAAUGUACAAUUGAUGGAUAUCCCCAACCUGUUCUCAACUGGUACAGAAGAACAGUUGAUCGGCCAGCUGAGAUUCUAACCCCGGAUGAAAACCACUUGAUGAGUAGUGAGGGUUCGCGGCAUUUCCUUCGUCUUCGCUCCGUCACUAAACUUGAUCUUACUUCAAACUUUACUUGUGAGGCCAACAAUGAGUUAGGAAUCACUGAGAAGGAUAUUGAGCUAACUGGUCGACCUGAGCCUCCCACCAUCAACAGCACCCCGGAGUCUCUCUUCGCUACAAGCUAUGAGCUCGUUUUCACCGUUAAAUCCUUUAGUACUCUUUCUAAUGUUCAAAUCAGAUACAGGAGUAAGGAUCUACUGGCAGAUGACAGAAAAUGGAUAGUUCAGCUUUUCCCAGCUAAACGUGAAUCUACGGAUAGGGAUCAGUAUGGAGCUGCAUUCAAUACUAACGUAUACAGGGUAGUGACUCAUGCCAUUGACUUCCUUCGUCGUUCUACACGAUAUGAAGUUCUUGUAAAGGUUGAGAAUGACUAUGGUUGGUCUGAUGAGAGUAAACAGUUUGAGUUUAGAACACGUGAAAUAGACUACGCCCAGGAGUACCAGAGAGGAUAUUUUGGACUAGGAUUUUCCGGAGUCAGUCCUGGGACUACACCUUGUAUUUUCUUCAGCCUAGUUUUAUUAACUUGUUUAAAUCUAGCAAACAUAUAUUAAUAUAUACUGCACACACAUAAUAUACGUGUGCACCCUGCACAGUGUACAGUUUAUAUGUUUUAGAAAAUAAAUAUUUUAUUAGAUUUUAUAAGCCCA